AUGGGGAGAGGUAGGGUUGAGCUGAAGAGGAUUGAGAACAAGAUCAACCGGCAAGUAACCUUUGCAAAGAGAAGGAAUGGACUUUUGAAGAAAGCCUACGAGCUUUCUGUUCUUUGCGAUGCUGAAGUUGCCCUCAUCAUCUUCUCCAAUCGUGGCAAGCUCUAUGAGUUUUGCAGUAGCUCAAGCAUGCUCAAAACCUUGGAGAGGUACCAGAAAUGUAAUUAUGGAGCACCAGAAUCCACUGUCUCAGCUAGGGAAGCCCUGGAGAUAAGCAGUCAGCAGGAGUAUCUGAAGCUUAAAGCCCGCUAUGAGGCGCUGCAAAGGUCUCAAAGGAACUUGCUCGGAGAAGACCUAGGGCCUCUAAACACUAAGGAACUCGAGUCACUUGAAAGGCAGCUUGACAUGUCACUGAAGCAGAUCAGAUCAACAAGAACCCAGUACAUGUUGGACCAGCUCACUGAUUUACAGCGCAAGGAACACUUGCUGAAUGAGGCAAAUAAGACCCUGAAACAAAGGCUGAUGGAAGGGUACCAAAUAAACAACACGCUGCAGUUGAACCCUGGUCCAGAAGACUAUGGCAGACACCAAGCUCAUCAUCAGCCGCAGGGCGAUGGCUUUUUUCAUCCCUUGGACUGCGAACCCACUUUACAGAUUGGAUAUCAGCCAGAUCCAACACUAACGGAUUUGACAGUAGCAACGGCCGGUCCCAGUGUGAAUAACUACAUGCCAGGAUGGCUGCCAUGA